AUGGAAUCAUUCACCAUCAGAACGCCCUGUUCCUCGGCGAACAUCGGCCCCGGAUUCGAUGUGAUCGGCCUGGCCCUGUCCAUAUAUCUGGAGCUGGAGGUCACCAUCGACCGCACCAAGACCUCGUCGCAGGAGCCAUUGAACUGCCGCAUCACCUAUGAAGGGCAAGGAGAGGGCUCUGGGGAAGUACCCCUCGACCCGUCGGCCAAUCUCAUCACACGAGUGGCUCUGUACGUGUUGAGAUGCCAUGAUCAGAGAGCCUUCCCCGUGGAGACCCAUGUUCACAUCAAGAAUCCCAUCCCUCUGGGUCGUGGCUUGGGGUCAUCCGGCGCCGCUGUUGUCGCAGGUGUGAUGCUGGGUAAAGAGGUCGGUGGCCUUGAUCUGAGCCUUGACCGUCUGUUCGAUUUCUGCCUGAUGAUCGAACGCCACCCGGAUAACGUUGGAGCUGCACUGUUUGGAGGUUUUGUCGGAACGUAUUUGAAGCCAUUGACCCCUGAGGAUGUUGCUCGGGUUGAGAUCCCUUUGAGUGAAGUGCUCCCAGCGCCAGCAGGAGGCGUCGACACCGGAGAGCGGCCACCUGAACCGCCCCAUGGCAUCGGACACCACAUCAAGUUCCCAUGGAGCAAGGAGAUCAAAGCUGUUGCCAUCAUUCCUCAAUUCCAGGUCGCCACCGCGAAGGCCCGUGAGGUGCUCCCAACACACUACCCAAGACAGGAUGUGACGUUCAACUUGCAGCGCAUUGCGCUUUUGCCAGUAGCCCUAGGCCAGUCGCCGCCAGACCCUGAUUUGAUCUACCUAGCGAUGCAGGAUAAGCUGCACCAACAAUAUCGGCAGACCCUGAUCCCUGGCCUGCAAGACAUCGUCGAGUCUAUGUCACCCAGCACGCAAGAUGGCCUGUUGGGAGUGUGCCUGUCUGGUGCCGGCCCGACGAUACUUGCACUAGCCACGAGCAACUUUGAGCAAAUCGCGGACAGGAUCAUUAGCAGGUUCAAGCAGGAGGGUAUUGAGUGCCAAUGGUUGCUACUUGAGCCGGCGGAGGGUACCAAGGCGAUCAGACCUGCCUGA